AUGUUUUCUUUCCUAUAUUCCAUCUUACUAUUUUCAAUUGCUUCUAUCAGUUGUAUUCAGAUUCCCUUUAUUCAAAAUGUUACUCUUAUUCCUAAAUAUAAUUGGAAUAGUACAACAAUCACAAAUAAAACAUGUGAACAAUGCCUUUGUAUAGCUACAUCCAUUUUUGUUGCUCUCAAUUAUUUUCCAAACAAUACAUGUCAAUUGUUUUACACUUUUCCUAUUAGUUAUAAAAUUAUAUCAACACCACAAGCUCGUCUUUAUUUUCCUCAAAAAAUCUUUCCAAAUGCUACUCAAUGUUGUAUGCCUAAUCUAGGGUAUUUAUUAGAUAAACUCAAAAAUGGAACAUGGACAUAUGUAAAUGUAACAAGUCCUCGAAACAUUCUACUUGACAAUAACGGUUAUCUGGUUACAGUUGAAAUGCAACCUCCGAAACUUGAUCGAUUCGAUCCAUAUAAUUUGACAAGGAUUAGUCGGACUGUAAUACCUGGCUCGAACGCAAUGACUGUAGCAUUUAUAAACAAUACUUAUUUUAUUGGACUUACAAAUGGUCCUAUUGUAGCUUUUAUAAAUGAAUCUUUGACAGUUCCCAACUUCAUCAAUUCACCUUAUAUUCAAGGAAUACGUGAUAAUGCAUCGUCAGACUAUACAUUCGCUUAUCAACAAUUAGUAUAUUAUCCGGGAGUAUAUGGAUUAACUGGUUAUAAUAAUAGUUACUUCUAUGCAACAUCAUGGACAAACAAUUCAGUUUAUUCUUAUAGUGCUGCUGAAAAUAACACAUCGUGGAUUGAAACACGUAUUAUUGAUGCAAGUACAAUUCAAAAUAUUAGUGGCGGAACUUCCGUGACAAUUGAUGAAUGUGGUCGAUAUUGGUUUUCAUUAGAGACAUCUGUCAUUCAAAUAUUUAAUAGUUUAGGAUCUUGGAUUGGAAAUUUUAGUUUAGGGAGUGGAUUGAUCAUGGAUACAAUUGUUACCGAUAACUAUGUAAUGUAUUUGUCUGAUGGCCUUACGAGUUCCGGUCGAAUUAUUCGGAUUGAUCCACAUAUUGAAUGUUGA